AUGGCUCACUGUAGCUACAAAGCGCUUCUAGGUAAGGUCACCCCUUCCCAGGGCACACCUUGCGGUCAGUCCACAGAUUAUCCUGGUCAGCUGGAAUGUAUUGCGCUCAAAGACUGUACAAAAGAUGUAACUGGCCAUUUAAAGACCUUAAACCUCAGCGCAGAUGAGGGUUUAGGAUCUGAAAUAAAGUUGCUGUUAGCCAGAGCAGGUAAAUACCACCCUAAAAUAUAAUAUUUUGGUCUUUUUAUCAGCUAUAUUAUUAUUAUACGUUUUACUUUUUAUCAUCAUGCACUUGAGGGUGGUUAUUCUCAACAAAUUCUCCUUCUAGGGGUUUUCUCUGUGGAAGAACAUCACUAUGCCUUGAGCAUUUGUCCAAGGCACAGGGCUGAUUUCGGCAUCCGCUGGAAGACAGGGAAGACCAUGUGUACAGUGCCCAAAGAAUUAGCAGUACAUAAAACUACAACUGCUAAAGGGAGCCACCGAGUGGAUAGCUUGAAGUCGGCGUUUAUUUUCAAAACCACACAUGUAUUCCAGUUGGAUCACGUAAGUUGCAAACUUUUCUGCGAAGAUUGGUUAGAUAAUGGUAAUUUUUCACGGUUAAGAAUCACAUAUAAGGUGGCACACAAGGCGAGGAGUUUGCUAGCACUCUAUUAAAGAAACAGUAAGAAAUUUCCACGAGACAGUGACAAGAGAGGAGAGAGCGUGCAAGGAGAGGGAAAGGCGCUUUUAAGAUGUAUUAAUUAUCACGUGUCGCUUGUUUGUAUUACGCAGGGGUCAUUUUUGCCUUGGGGGUGCGGGUAAUCCAAGCACACCUUGCAGUCCUCAUUCAAAAUUAUUGGUCUUGCGGGCAGGAAGUUCUCUUCUUUCUAUGUAUGUUUUAAAUGUAUUUGUUUAUACAGUAUAUUGACAUUAAUUUCUGUUCGUCUGUUCAUUUUGUGUUGCUUUUGUUUCUCCAUUUAAAGCAAUUUGUAAACAAUGCAACGAGUAUAUCAGCAAACAGGCCAUGCCCAACCAAACUCUAGUGUUUGCUUCAGGUGGGGUGGAGCCCGUCCCCGGGGUCUCGCACCUGCAAGAGUUACCCGAGCCCCAUUUGUUGGUAAGUAGUAAUAAGAAGCACUAGUGUAAAUGGUUCGCUUAAGUGGCUCCUUUAACGAUGGUAUGAAAUGUUUUCCUUCCAAAAAGAAAUUCAUCAUUCAUUCUUUCAUUUCCUUUUUAAUCCGUUUUUACUUUAGGGAUUUCUUUUCAUUUCUUUCUUUCUUUCUUAACGGGUUUGUGUGGGUGUUGGCUUAUGAAUAAAAUAAAAACAAAAUAAACGUUUUAUCAUGCUUUAUAGUAAUUACACAAUAUAUUUGUUUGAACUGUUUCAGGUAGAGGGGAAACAGGCCGUUCAAGUGCAGAAACAACUAGUAGUGAGUUAUCGUCUGAUGACCUUGCAACUGAACUGAAGAGGCUGGAGAUAUCGUCAAGAGGGCGGGAUGAUGAGACGUUCCUCAGUCCGGAUACCGGAAGUCUUGUUUCUUCCACGAGUGACGAGGCCCCAACCACUAUGCAAGAACCUCGUAAAAAGUUGAACCAAUAUCUGGUUUCGAAGAACAUCCCGCCAAUAACUCAACCCUGGAUGGAAUGGGAUAAAGCUGGAGAGAGCACUAAGAAGAGAUACACCAAAAGGACAGUGGAGAUCUUUUCUUCAGUCCUACAAGAUCUUACACCCAAUUAUGCAGGUUCUCUUUGGUUAGCGGUCGUCUCGUCCCCUGCCAUGAACAAAGCUCUUAAACUUGAUGAAUUAUCACAAACGUCCAAGAAUUAUCUUCAGGCCUUAGCAGAGGCAUACGGUAAAGCUCAAGGGUGGGAGACAAGAAGGCAGAUCUUGUCUAUCAUGUCAGGCGUUGCCAGCUUCAAUGAUAUUUCAAGAUUUAUACCAGGCUUAACUAGAUAUCGCUAUAGCUUGGCCAACCUGCAUCGCUUACAGUAUGGUAGCGGGGCUCCCACAACGCACCACCCUUCGCCGAGGAUAAAGGUUGAUCUGAAGCAACUUGACCAUUUUUUAUCGUAUAUAACAAGUCCGCAUUUGGUGCAGGAUCUACCAUUUGGGCAGAAAACGUUGAAACUCUCUUCUGGCCACCUGGUUGAGAUACCAAACGUCAUAAGGACGAUGAUACCCCAAAGAAUAGCACGUCAGUACGCUCAGUACUGCCACGAAACUGGCUUUAAACCAUUCAGUGAGCGUACUAUGCUUCGUGUAUUGGAGGAAUGCAAGGCCUCGGUCCGAAAAUCUCUCCAAGGACUUGACUACGUGGCCGCAGACGGUGCGCGUGCCUUUGAAGACUUAGAGAAUUUAGUCCGCCGACUUGGAGAGCUCGGUCUCGGGAAAGAGUGGGAGUUGCAGAACGUGGAAUUGCUCAAGGGUUCAAAAUUAUACCUUAAAAGUGAUUUUAAGGUAAGGCUUAAUUAAAAAUAAUAAUACCGUAUUUUUUCGAAUAAGCGCCCAACCUCGAAAAAGCGCCCACCUCGAUUAGGUGCCCGGCCUCGAAAAAGUGCCCACCCCCUUUUCCUCCCACGCAAACUAAAAUAAGCGCCCACCACCACCCCACCCCUUCCCCCCUCUAACCCCCCGAAAAAUAUUGAAUAAGUACUCAAGAGACUUCUUCGAAGGCGGAGUUUUCUUCAGAGUAUUUUACAGAAACCUUUUGUUACGUCUUCGCGUUUGGUACUACCAUUUAUUGUUUUGUUACAAAAUAAACAUACUACUUUUGCUGAAAAUGGUGAAAAUUUAAUAAGCGCCCAGCCUCGAAUAAGCGCCCACUCUCAAGGUCCAAAAAUUUAAUAAGCGCCCAGGGCGGUUGAUCGAAUAAAUACAGUAAUUGGAAAGAAUUUAAUCAUUCUUUACAAAGACUUUAAGUAUAAAAUUUAAAGAAUGAUUUUAAUUGUCACGAUUUGUCACAAUAAAUGCUGUGUGUUUUAAACAUCUUACAGGUCCACGUGUGUUCUUCCUCUGAGAUUGCGAGUCAUUGCAGUGUGUUUGCCUUAAGUGACUCCACCAGUCCUGAUCUGCAGCAGCAGUGUAGCCACAAACACGAAGAAUGCUCUGAGCAAUGUGAGAUCCUGCACUCAACUCUUCAGAACAUUUCCUCUGCAGUAGAAAGAGCAUCGUUUGCCACGCAAGAUGAUAAAGAAGAGGCCCUGUUCUUAGUCAACGCUUCUGUGCUUGCCAUCCAGUCAUGGAAAUGUCAUCUGCUGAGGUCGGCUCACCAGGACCAGGCUCGUUUGGACGCUAUCGACGCUCUUGAUCAGGAGACAGUUUUUAUCGUCAACGACUGGGCGAUGAAGUUUCUUCCUCAUAGAUACCGUGAGUCCCAAACGGACUGGUUUGGCAAGCGUGGGUUAUCAUGGCACAUAUCGGUGGUGUACAGACGGAAGGAGGAGGAACUACAGUGGCAAGCCUUUAUCCACGCAGUUCAGUCCUGCAGCCAGGGGAGUUCAGCUGUGGCAUCCAUAAUGCAUCAUGUCUUGGAAACACUCAAGCACGAGCACCCUGAGAUAAACAAAGCCUACUUCAGACAAGACAACGCAGGCUGUUACCACUCCACUCGCACGAUACUAGCUUGCAGAGAGAUGGCAGCGAGCACUGGAGUAAAAGUAGUCCGCGUAGAUUUUAGCGAUCCCCAAGGCGGAAAAGGGGCAGCAGACCGGCUGGCUGCAAGCUGUAAAAGACAUAUCAGGGCGUUUAUUGAUGAAGUCAAUGAUGUUUGCACUGCCGAUGAGCUUAAAGACGCAUUAUUAUCGCAUGGUGGAUUGAAAGGUGUAAGAGUUGUUUCCCUUGAUACGAUCAUCGAAACACCUGACAGUGGGCAAACUAUUACUGGCAUUACAAAACUGAACAAUUUUGAGUUUAGCUCUACAGAGUCUGUUACCUGUUGGCGUGCGUAUUGUGUUGGUCGCGGAAAAAUCAUCAAUCCAGGAUCUUCAUCAAGUAAGUAUGGGAAUUAAAACUAAAAAGUGAGCUACUGAGAAUUAAUGUAUGAGUUGUCGCUAAAUUUAAGUUCUGUAUUAAAAUGCAAAAGUGUAAGACCCUUACUUUAUUGGAGAACCUUACCAUACAAUAAUUAUCUGCAAGUACAUGUAUCAGAUACCUUUGGAGUCCGACGCAAUAUUCUUGGUUCUGAUAAAUGAAGAAAUGAUUGUCGCAGUUGUAAGAGCAAUUUAAAGAAUUACCAUUUUGUUCAAUUUUUUGGGUGGCUUAAACGGGAAAACCCAUAACUUCUACGUACGUUAGCGCGGCAGCGCUCUACUAACCGAGCUAUGAAUACCCAUGUAUUGGGAACAUACGUUUAUUUCUGUCAUGUUUGCUUUAAAAACUUAUAAAUGAUUUGAAAAAGAAAUCAGAAAACAACUCUUUAUUGGUAUUAAUUUAUUUACCUAAGGUCCUCGAUACCAAGUACUUCAGAAAUCAUUCUCCGAAGGAGAUUUUACUUCCUUCCGAUGUAAAUCUGAAGAACAGGUUGGACAGACAGCUUCAACAUCAGCAACUGUGGCCGAGCCAUCUGGUGGCAUUUCGGAAGACAGUGACCUAUCCACAGGGGUUUAUUCCUGUCCUCAAGACGGCUGCGUUCGUGUGUUCCAAAGAGUGUCUGCUUUAGAGAAACAUCUGUCUGUAGAAAAAUGUUCCCGAUCCCCGGAGAAAUAUUCUCUAAUGGAUUUAGCGAAAAUGGGGUACAAGACCCAUUUGGAAGAAGGUGUUGGCAUAUUGCCUCUCUUAAAGCCCCAGUUGCUCACCAGGAGGGUCACUUUGUACCAAAUGAGGGAUGGGCCCUCAGAGCAGCAAAGAAGGCGUAUAGAUUCAGCGAAAAGCAAAAGUCUUACUUACUGGCGAAAUUCUCUAUCGGUCAAACAACGGGCCGUAAGCUUGACGCCGAGGUUGUGGCGAGGGAAAUGAGACGCGCCCGUGGAGCAGAUGGUGUGCGACUUUUCCAGUCCUCAGAAUUCCUAACCAGCUGGCAGAUUGCGUCCUUCUUCUCAAGGCAAAGCGCUACACUACGGCAAAAGGACCCAGCAGAUGAAGCCGAUAUCCGGGCAUCUCAAGAGGAAGCUAACUUUAGUGCAGCGAAGGAGGUCGUUGAAACUAUUCAGCUCAACCAUCCUCUGGUAUACGAUCAGUACAACCUAUGUGAGAUGGCGCUCAGUGGUAACUUGAAAGUCCUCAAGCUACCGAUGCUUCAGCGCUUGAGCGAGGAUCUCGGCCUUGAUGCACCUGUCCCGCCUGUGCGCAAGAAGGCUCCAUACUUGGCACUCUUAGAGGAAAUAGCCAAACAGUGCACAUGCCGAAAGUAA